AUGUCGUACAGUUACAGAGACCGUGAGAGAGACUGGGACGACACCCGUUCCGUCUCAAUCAAGCGCUACGUCAUUCCUGCUGAGGAUGACCGUCGAGACUUCGUGUCGAGACAUGAAGACCCAUACAGCGGCGAGCGCGAGCUGGUAAUCCGUCGCAAAGCCGAUCGCGAUGAGCCUGUGACCGUCUCGCGCUAUGAGCGAGAGGUAGAGUACGAUCCUCCCGUGCGCUACGAGCGAGAUUAUUACGAUCGUGAGUACCUACACCCCUAUACCAACAGUCGGCACUCCCGGUCGAUGGAUUUCCUGGAACGAGUGCAGCAGCGCCCUGCUGCUGCCAGCACUGCCAGUCGAGAGCAAUCCAUACUUAUUCGUGAACGUGAAGCCCGCAAUGCGUACAGUCCCCGUGAUUCCGAUUAUGACGUCGUGCGCCGUUCCGAGGCCGACGAGGACCCAUACUACUACCACCGUCGCCGUAGAGUCCACGAGUACGAUGACCAUCGCUCUCGGCGUGAGCCGAGCCCCGGUGAUUCCGCAUCCCAGGCUAGUCGCCGCCGCAGUGAUCGCGACUAUGACUACAGCAGCGAUGACAGCACAGUCUACAUUCGAAAAGAGACCCGCGAAUAUGAUGACCACCCCCACCACCGCCGCCACCUAGCAGAAGGUGCACUGGUGGGCGCUGGUGCUGCCGAGUUAUUGCGCAGACGCAGUAAGAAAGACGGCGAGCCCAGCCAUGGCAUCAACCGCCUUGGUAAGACCGUUGGCGCUGGUGCGCUCGGUGCAGUGGCUGUCAAUGCUGCAUCGCAUGCUCGUGACUAUUACCGCCGUAGCAAGAGCCGUCACCGUUCGCAUUCCUUUGAUGAUGAUCGUUCUUCCCACCGCCAUAGCAGACAUGGUCGUGGUCGCCACAGCCAUAGCCGGAGCCGUAGCCGCUCUCACUCGCACUCCCGCGCAAAGACUCUGCUUGAGCUGGGUGUUGGUGCUGCCGCUGUUGCUGCCGGUGUGGCUGCAUUGCGCAGCAAAUCGAACAACGGAGACCGUAAAGGUCGGUCUCGCACCCGCUCCCGUUCCCGCGCUGCCAGCCGGGGUCGUUCGGAGAAAGGAGAAGAUGACGAGAUGGCUGAGCGCCGCAAGCAUAUGGCUGGGGCUGGAUUGGCCGGUGCCGCCGUGGCUGGCCUUGUUGAAAAGGCCCGUAGCCGCUCCCGCGCUCGAAAGGGUGAACGCUCACGCUCUCGCAGCCGUCUCAGACAGGCUCUUCCCAUAGUGAGUGCCGGCCUGGCUACUGCCGCUGCGACCGGCCUCUACGAGAAAAAGAAGGGCGAGAAAGAGGAAAAGGACGGUUCGCGAGGCCGCCUUCGCUCAAGGUCUCGCAGCCGCGCCCCAUCAGCCUCCUACCCUGACCCAUCUCGCGACUCAACCGGCCUAAUUGAAUAUGGCAAUGAUCCCGUGACAGGCAGUAUUCCCGCUGAGCACUAUUACGGCCAACAGCCCGGCGCUCCCUACUACGACGGACAAGAAGCCUACGGUCCCAGACGCCACUCACGCAGCCGCAGUCGCAGCCGAGCCCGAUACAGCAGCUCAUCGGAUUCCGGUCGUGAGGGCCACCGUCGACGAAGCAGGAAGCACCGCAGCCGCUCACGCGACCUCGCAAGUGCCGCACUAGGCGCAACAGGCCUCGGCUACGCCGCACACAAGUACAAGGAGCGCCGAAAGUCCAGAGAACGUGAACGCUCCAAGCAUGACGAUGACCACCACCGCGAUCCGUAUGAAGAAUCCUAUGAUCCCGAGCCCUACCCGCCUUCGCCACAGGUCGCCCCGGGGCCCCCGCCCAUGGCCGACCCCCACUACUACCCCAACAACCACUAUUACCCCCCGCCCCCGGGCGACUCAACCACCAAUCUUAACGGCCCCCCUGCACCCUACAACCCAGCCGACUACCCCCUCUCCACCUGGCGCUGCCCCGCCGCAGCCUACGCACCUCGGCCACGUGGACCCGAAGACAAUGUGAGCAGCUCCACCCUACCCAUUGAUACAGAGCACGCGCGCAAGGGUCUAAAUAUCCAUCCUUUUCCAACAUCCGUACCAUCCGUACCCCGGGCAACUAGCCAGCCACCGCAUAGUUCAAAAUCCGUCGCUUUCGACUUGACGGAUCCAGCGAAGGAUCCGGGCUACGAGACUGAUGAUAGUGACUCGACCGUUGAGCCGCAUUCGCCUUAUCGCAGAGGCAAAGACCAUCGCCACGGUCGAGAUCGCCAUCAUCAUCGUCGCCGUUCUUCAUCUGUCCCUUAUCCGCCAACGCCCCGUCCUGGUUCUGCUUUCUCGGACCGUCACCCUGCCCAUGCUUCUUCUAGUCAUCAGAACCACCGGCCCGAACACAGACCUCAGCAAAGAAGAGACCAGGAUGGAUCCCCGGAAGCAGAGUCGGAUUCGACCAUCGAGUUACCCAAUCGUUUCGAUGCUCGAGGCCGACUUCUUCCACAGCCGGAUCCUGCAGUGGAGAAAUUCGAGGAGUUAAUCAAUAGAUUUACCAAGGUUUUGUUCUAG